AUUGUACUUCAAAUAAUGUCCGCUGUAAACAACUCAGCGAGACAAUCAAGCUUAGCUGGAGUAAUUAUUUCGCCGUAACGGCCAUUGCACUCUUUCUAGCAAUUUAUAUUCCUUCUCAAAAUGUCGGGAGCUACGGACCGAGAGGCUGUCUUCCCUACGAGGCAAACGCUGGGGUUGAUGAAGGCCAAACUCAAGGGAGCCGAGACAGGUCACAGCCUCUUAAAGCGCAAGAGCGAGGCAUUAACGAAGCGUUUCAGAGAGAUAACCCGUCGAAUUGAUGAAGCCAAGCGCAAAAUGGGACGAGUUAUGCAGAUAGCGGCAUUUUCACUUGCAGAAGUAACUUAUGCUGUUGGCGGCGAUAUUGGUUACCAGGUUCAGGAGUCUGCUAAAUCUGCACGCUUUCGUAUCCGAACGAAGCAAGAGAAUGUUUCUGGCGUUUUCCUGCCUGCUUUUGAAAGCUAUACAACGGAAGGGAACAACGAUUUCGGAUUGACGGGUUUGGGAAAGGGGGGGCAGCAGGUCCAAAGGUGCAGGGAAACGUACGCGCGAGCUGUCGAGACGCUGGUUGAGCUUGCCAGUUUACAGACAGCUUUUGUGAUAUUGGAUGAGGUUAUCAAAGUUGUAAACCGCAGAGUGAAUGCCAUUGAACAUGUCAUCAUUCCACGUACUGAAAAUACGAUUAAAUAUAUUAAUUCUGAGCUCGAUGAGCUGGAUAGAGAAGAGUUUUAUCGGCUUAAGAAGGUUGCGAACAAGAAGCAAAGAGACGUCGCCGCAGCCGAUGCUGAGAUGGCAGCAAGAAGGGAAAAAGACAACGCUGCUGGCAACGGCGGUGACGACGGACUCUCGGGCAAUGCGGAUAUUCUUGGGGAGCAAGAAGAUGCGGACGUCAUAUUCUGAACAAUUGUUAGAUAGCUUCGAAAUGUGUUAUGGAUGGCAAUCCCUGUCAUAUGGCAAGCUUGCGCCUAAAGGCACACAUUAUAAGCUUAUUUGUGUUGUUCAUAGAUCAAUUUUAUAUUCAGAAACAAAAAAAUUCACUGC